AUGGUCCCGGUCCUGGACCGCCCGCUUUCGCUCGUACCGAGUGGUGUAGGGAGGGAGCGACGGGCCUUCGCCCAUUAUUUCCAGCGCGCUGCGUCAUUCAUUGCUGGGAGGCUAGACAUCGACUUUUGGGGUGGCGUUGUCACCCAGGUAUGUCGGAGUGAGCCUGCGGUGUGGGACGCCGUCAACGCCAUCAGCGCCCUCUUUGAGAACUCAGAACCCUGCUUCGAUCCUGUCUGGCUGAGGCAAAAUGACAACAAUGGUCAGACCUUGCGUCCUAACCAUCGUGAUGCCUUGCUCUGGUACUCGCGCUCGCUGGCCACUAUGCGCAGGCAAAUUGACCGGGGGAGCGUUGAUAUCAAUAUAGCAUUGAUUAGCUGCGUCUUGUUCAUCUGCAUAGAAACGCUACAGGGGCGAGUGGAAGAGGCGCUACGGCUGUACCAGCAGGGGGUCAGUCUCAUCUUCGAGCUGCGGGCAGGUGGGACUAGGUUGGGCUCUCGUCCAGACUCGGGUCUUUUGGAAGACACGAUCAUCCCUAUUUUCCUACGACUGGGCACAAUUGCGCUGAGUAUUUCAGGCGUUCCUGUGAGUGGCCUACUUGACGAGAUGCGCGGCCUUAUCGGAAACACAUUCCCCUCUCUCAGGUCGGCCCGUCUCGCAAUGGCCGCUCUCGCCGCAGAGGGAAUGAUCUUCCAGCGCACUGUUGAGGGGUAUCUUGCGAGCAAGGGCCACGGAGGCCCUAUUCCCCCAGAAUUCAAGAACAAACAAGAAGAUAUCCAGAACCGGCUGGCAGAGUGGCACCGGGCCUACACCAACUUAGUCAACUCGUCUGAUCCGUCACAACUCCCUAGCAGCGUGACGUCUCUCUUGCUUUCCUUCCACGCUGCCGCAUCAAUUAUUACCGCCGUUUGCACCGAGCAGCUGGAGACCGCCUACGACGCUUAUAUGCCCCAAUUCCGGCUCAUUGUUGAACAGUCCGCUAUACAUCUCGAAGCGUCGGUGGGCCCGGAUGGCAGACAACCGCCAUUCACGUUUGAAAUGGGAGCUGGUCUCUCGUUGUUUCUGACAGCUAUUAAAUGCCGUGACCCGUGGCUGCGCCGGAGAGCUUUGGAAUUAUUGAGAAAGGCACCUCCAGUGCAGGCGCUGUGGAAGUGUCCGCCGGGUGCAACAUUGGCGGAAGCUUUUAUGAAACUGGAAGAAUCCGGAUGUGAAAGCACUAUGUACGACGAGUUAACUCGGACGCGUACCGUUUCAGAAGGACAAUACGCAGGGAGUGAGAGAUCCACGCUCCCUGCGGCAGUGAUCCCGGAGGAGUCUCGAAUCCACGGCUACUGUGUUUUCCGGCCGCGAGACGAUCCUUUUCCAUUGGGCGAUCUGGACAUCUCCAAGUGGAAUCGGAGUCCUGAUCAGAUCUACUUGAAGUUUUCUCGGAAUCGAAUGGACGAGAAGACAAAUACGUGGCGAAUGGUCCAUGAGAUUGUCCCGAUUGACUAUUGA